UAUUGGAACUGGACAUACUGCUUAGCAAGACUAUCCAGAACAAGAAACAGUUUAAUAAGAGUUAAAACUGGAAUUAGCUAUGGAGCAUGAUGAGGUCCAGUUCUAUCAUUGCUUUGUCGCUUUUAUGUUAUCUUUCCUGCAGUCUGGGCUUCUAUUUUGUUUCAGCAAAUUUGAAAGAAGAAAUGACUAAUGUACCUAAAAAGGUCAGCCGACCAGCGAGAUGGUAAGAAAACAUGUAUUUAAAAUUGCAGGUAAGCUUUAUAAGUAAGCAACUUGAUUUCAUUUCACCUAGAAAGCAAUUGGUAGCACCUUAAUAAAUAAAGGGGUUGUAAGCCUACAAGAUUUUAUGUAGUGAGAAAUUUUGCAUGUGUCUCAUUUAACCAUGUAGUUUGCUCUCUACUAGUGCUCCUGUGCAGGAAUCUAAGACACCUUAACAAUUAUAGAGAUAAAUGUCCCAUUCAUUUGACAAAGACACUUUGAUGUGAUGAUGCAGGGAGUAUGAAGCUAUAAAUAAGUUGUUAAGAAUGACAUCUCAAUAAGACACCAUAUGCUGUCAAAUAUUAUUCUUUUUAAAAGGCAAGUACAGCCCGUAUGCCCUGGGGACAACACCAGAAAAAUGUCUGGUUUGUAGAUUACAUAUCAAGUACACUUUUUGACCUCUCAAUAUGUUUUUUUUUUCUUUUGCAUGUACUAUACCACGUAACCAGAAAAAUACAUCAGCAACGGAAAUUGUGUAAAGAUAAAGAAUUUAUUUGUCGCAUGUUUUGCAUGUUUUUUUUUUUCAUUCUAAAACGUAAUAUGCAUUUCGUAAUCUCAUUUUGCAUUCACUUAAAAGUUCAAGAAUAAGAAAGCACAAACGCUUACGCUGACAUAUACACAAAAAGCACAAAAGCAGAGACUACGAACACAAUAUUCUGUAUAAAUUACCGAGUGGGGGAUGUGUAUACUAGCUUUGCUCUUGAAUUGUGACUUGAAUUUGAACUUAUGAAAGCCUUUCCAAAGGGCGGCAACAAUCUUUAAAUCCACUCUUGCUAAUCACACUCAGGAGACUAGAUAAGUCAGAAAACAAAAACUCCACACAUUUCCUUGAUAAUUUCUGUUGAGUUGGCAUCUGUUUAUGUGUCCUUAAUGUAUAUAGCGAACAGAAGAGUUACAUGAAUCUUGGGCUUUAAUUGUAAAAUAAAUUGGGUGUAGUACUUUUUUACUUUCAUCUAUACCUUAGUAAGACAGAAAUAAUGAGUGUCUGUCUGUGUGUGUUUGCAAAUACAUGCGCGUAUUCGUUGUAAUGACACGAAUGUCGGAGUUUCGUGUGUAUACCAACUAUUACAAUAUAGUCGCCUCUAUGAAAUACACAGGCACAUCUCUCUAGUCUGGUAUUAUCGCCAGACCGCCAUUGUUCCUGCUGAAUCAUGUUUAGUUCCUGUUUAGUUGAUAUCUACUGUCGGUACAGACCCAGCUGGUGUGUAGAUGAGAGCCACAUCACGACACCUUGUAAUCUUUAUAUCUUUCUUGGAUGAAUAAGCAGGCCUUGAUACUACAGUCAUGCGAAGAAUCGUGUUUGCUACUCUUCUUGUUGCUGUUUGUUACGUAUGUACGACAAAAGGAGUAAAACUAAAAGACUGCACAAACAAGAAGUUAGAAAUAAAUGCAAACUCACCAGGACCCAUCAUUUGCAAGAGCAUCACCAACAAUGGCUCUGUUACAUGGCGACACGGGGACAAAGCCAUUCUCGGAGAGUGUAAAUCUGACGGGAACUGCUUAUUUUUUUUCCCUAAUGAAUACAAUCUAACCAGAGAGGCGAACUCUACCGACAGCCACCUUCACUUUCUUGCAAACAUUGUAGCAGACGACCGUGUUGAGAUAAGUUGCGAAGACAGGCAGAGCGGAACCAAUGAUUCCUGUACACUCAACGUUAAGGGUGUAGAAAUUACGAACUGCAGGAGCAAGAAGCUGGUAAUAUUUGAAAACUCAUCUCAAGCAAUCACAUGCAGAAAUAUUCCAGACAAUGGCAUCGUUAUUUGGCGCUCGGGAGCAGAUAAAAACUAUAUUGGAGAAUGCAGCGCUUUGGGAAAGUGCUUGAAUAACAGGAGUGCCUUAUAUAACAUCAGCAGAGAGAAAGAUUCAGCAGACAGCCAUCUUGUUAUCCUUCAGAAUCCGCGAGGUCUUGUUAAUGCUCGCAUCACUUGUGAGGACGAGUUAGGAAAUACUACCGACACUUGUCAACUCGUCAUCAGACGUCAUCCGGUUCUUCGAAACUGUACAAUAACCACCAAUAACACGAACAGAAUUGUGUCAGGUCACUGUAUUGUAGACGAGUUCUUUUCGUCCGACAACAACACCCAGUGUCAGUGGACAAUGAGAAAUACGUGGAACAAAGGCACUGUCCAAACACAAGACCACUUGAUGUCCAAUGUCUCAUUCAACUACACGUGCCAGAGCAUCUGGAGUUGCCGGGGAACAUGUAGUUUUACUUCUCCACUGCCACACAACAAGGGAGUGUACAUCUACACUAUAAUGGUUCUUGAUUCCCCCAGCGCCACACUGUCAUUAAACAUUACCAUUAACGAGGAUGACCAAACGAGGUCUACAAACUCUAUCCCUUCUGCGACUUCUCCACAUACUGGAGUAAAACUACAAAACUGCACAAACAAGAAGUUAGAGAUAAAUGCAAACUCACCUGGACCCAUCAUUUGCAAGAACAUCACCAAGAAUGGCUCUGUUGUAUGGCGACUCGGGCAGGAAGCAGGCGCUCUCGGAGAGUGUAAACCUGACGGGAACUGCUCCUCAUUUUUUCCUAACAAAGACAAUAAAUACAAUCUGACCAGAGAGGCGAACUCUACCGACAGCCACUUCGAGUUUCUUGUAAACGUCACAGCAGACGACGGUGUUGAGAUAAGUUGCGAAGACCAGCAGGACGGAACCAGUGACACCUGUACACUCAACAUUACUGGUGUAGAAAUUACGAACUGCAGGAGCAAGAAGCUGGUAAUAUUUGAAAAUUCAUCUCAAGAAAUCACAUGUAGAAAUAUCCCAGUCAAUGGCACCGUUAUUUGGCGCUCGGGAGCAGAUAAAAACUAUAUUGGAGAAUGCAGUGCUUUGGGAAAGUGCUUGAAUAGUAGGAAUGACUCCUAUCACAUCAGCAGAGAGAAGGAUUCAUCAGACAGCCAUCUUGUUAUCCUUGAGAAUCUGCGAGGUCUUACUAAUGCUCGCAUCACUUGUGAGGACGAGUCAGGAAAUACUACCGACACUUGUCAACUCAUCAUCAGACGACAUCCGGUUCUUCAAAACUGUACAAUAACCACCGAUAACACGAACAGAACGGUGUCAGGUCACUGUAUUGUAGACGAGUUCUUUUCGUCUGACAACAACACCCAGUGUCAUUGGACAAGGAGAGAUACACAUACGAGAAAAGAAGUGGAAAGACCCGGGCAGACAGAUGGUAAAGGACAGACGCAGAGAAACAGAGGAAGCAGGUCACAAACAGGGAACAAAAGCGCUGUCCAGACACAAGAUCACUUGAUGUCCAAUGUUUCAUUCAACUACACGUGCCAAAGCUUAUGGAGUUGCCGGGGGACAUGUAGUUUUACAUCUCAACUGCCACAUAACAAAGGAAAGUACAUCUACACUAUAAUAGUUCUUGAUUUCCCCAACGCCACACUGUCAUUCAACAUUACCAUCAAUGGGUCUGACUACUUUCAAACGACACCUGUCUCACCUGAGUCCACUUCACCUUCAGAUGACGAGAACCAAACAAAGUCACAUCAGGAUGACAACAACCAAACAAUGUCUACUGAUGCUCCUUUUUGUACUCCUUCACAUUCGGGUGAAGACUUUCCAACGACAGCUAUCGACCAUUCAUCUUCGUCGCCUUCAGAACCGUUUCACACUGUAAUCUCGACGCCAGCUCAAGAAUCCCCAUCUGAGGGAAACUCAAGCCAGCUAGGUCUUAUAUUCGGCAUUUUGUUAGCUUUUGCAAUUCUCACCACAGCAUCGACUGUAUUUUUUAUCUUCAGGCGGAGAAAACUGCAAAGACAAAGUCGAAGACAUCUGGAGACUGCAUCAACACAACGGGAACAAGAAUUUGAGGAAUUUAUCAACGAUGUGUAUCAAAGUGCAGAUCCAAGCUUAAUACAACCGUUACAAAACACGUGACCCAAAACGACUAAUGGAGAUUUU